GAGCAGCUGGAAUCCUCUAGAAGAGAAAUUGUUGGACUUCAGGAAAGGGAUAGGCAACUUCAAUGUAAGAACAGGAAUCUUCACCAGUUACUGAAGAAUGAAAAAGAUGAGAUUCAGAAGCUACAGAAUAUUGUGGCAAGUCGAGCAUCCCAGUAUAAUCAUGAUAUGAAGAGGAAAGAACGAGAAUAUAACAAAUUAAAAGAGCGGCUUCAUCAACUUCUGAUGAGUAAAAAGGAUAAAAAAAUAGCUAUUGAUAUUUUAAAUUAUGUUGGAAGAAUUGAUGGCAAAAGAGGUGCCUGGAGAACUGGGAAAACUGAAGCUAAAAAUGAAGAAGAAAUGUUCAAAACUCUCUUAAAUGAGUAUGAACAGCGGCAGAAACAGCUCCUAGUUGAAAAUGCUGAACUAAAAAAAUUACUUCAACAAAUGAAGAAGGAGAUAAUUUCUUUGCUUCCAUCACAGAAGCAGAUGCCUAAAGAGAAGAUUGAAGAUAACACUGGGCCUAUUCUCUCAGACUUGGAAGAAGACUCUGGAGAAGCAAAUAAAGAAGACAUGUGGGAACUUUCUUGUGAAACAGUGCGUGAACAACUUGCUAAUAGCAUUCGAAAACAGUGGAGAAUGCUGAAAAAUCAUGUUGAAAAUCUGGAUAACCAAGGUGACGUCUAUUUUCCCUACAACAUUUAUUUCCCGUACCUCACAUUCUAUCUGCAGCAGCAGCUAACUGCUCCCUGUGAUGAUGAUACCAAUAUGUUGCUACAGGAUUGUUACUUGCUGGAAGAAAAAGAAAGACUCAAAGAAGAAUGGAAGUUGUUCAAAGAACAAAAGAAGAACUUUGAAAAAGAGCGCAAAAGUUUUACUGAUGCAGCUAUUCGAUUAGGACUGGAGAGAAAGGCAUUUGAGGAAGACCGUGGAGUUUGGCUGAAGCAACAGUUCUUAAAUAUGACUGCUGAUCAAAAUAAGGCUGAUCGGAUGAAAGCGCAGAAUGCUUUCCUGGGAAGUUCUGAAUCAGAUAACACAUUAACCAAUGUCAGGUCGCACCAAAAGAAAUUAAAUCACAUGUCCAAUGUACCCAAAUUUUCAGAUGUUUAUCAAUCAACUCAACAUAUUAUUGAGAACAGUUUGAGUACUUUUCUGGAUAAAAUACCUGAAGACCAAAAGACCAACCAGAUGAAAAGGGAGCCAUUAAUGCUGCAGAUUAAGGAAACUAGCCCUGUGGCAGAAGACAGUGGGAACAACAUUCAUGUGCCACUAUCAGACUUAUGCACAGACCACAUCAUUAAUUCAUCUUAGCUUUUUGAACAUUCUUGCUCUUUUUCUUAAGUUGUUUCACCCAUAAAUUUUUUGAGUUUCACAAAACAGACAAUUCAUGAGUGGAAUUGAUGGUGAUAGCUGUUAUGCUGUAUGUGUGGCUUUUUAACCACCCUUCUCUGCCUCCCCAAAAAAACUUUUCCUAUAUGUCCCGUUUAGAAAGAGAGUCUCUGCCCUUGACUCAAUAUAAAUAGUAAAACUUUAUUCAGAUUUAUGUAUAUUCUUAUUACAGAUGAUAUGGCUCUUUAAUUGAAGGAAUGUGUGAUUUUUUUUUUGAAGCAAAAGAUGAAGUGCUUCAGCAUUUGUAUGUUUCCUUGCAAGCAAAAAUAGCACUUUUAGCAGUCAUGAUGAACUGGUCACUUGUAUAUUUCAAGUGUAACUGACAUUGAAACUUUUUUCUCUUAACUUGAAUGUAUAGUAUAUUAUAGAGUAACGUGACAGGUUCUAUAUUUAUUGUAUAAUUUUGGAUUACCUCUUUUCAUAUAUUUUAAACUAAAAGCAGGGCCUUAGCUUUCAAACAGAUAAGAUAUAAAGCAUUAUGUGAUAAUGCCAUAAAAUGUAUGAAGCCCUACAUUCCCCAAACCAUAGUAUUUUACAUGCCAAAUGUUUUUUUUUAAUUAAAAAAACAUGUUUAUGAAUUAGGUUUUUUUAAAAAAACAUUUCAGGAAAACAAAACUUAAAAAUGAAGAACUACAAAAUAUGGACAAAUGUACAUGGAGAUGGGGUGCUUUUUUAGGAGUUCAUAUGUUGUGGAUACUGUACAGUAAAUCAGAGAUAAGCAUUAUGUCUCUACUUUGUCAAAGUGUUCUAACUGGCCUUUGGAAUUCAACAAACAGACAAUAUGUCAUGUUCCUGAUGCAAGAAUUGUUGGUGUAUCUACGCUUCAGGAGCCAAUCUAUAUUUACUAGAGUGGAGAUACGCCAGAUGAUUCAGAAGAUGGUUGCAAUAUUUUUCCACAGCACAGUCUGAAUGUAGAUGAUGCAUGCUUCAAGUAAGCAAAUCAGCAGACUUGAACCCCUCUGAAAAUAUCUCAGUUUUUAAAAGGAAAUAAAUGUUGCAAUGUGC